UCUCUCUUUCAAACAAGAAACAAUCAACAUUUAAGUCAAUGGUCAACCUACCCGCAAUUGCCCAUUUCCAUAUCUCCAUGCAGCGUUCUCUUUACGGUGAACAACCAACUAGAAACACAACAAACAUUAAAACCACAACCAUCAUAUUUUGAUAAUAAAUUUUUAUAUACAACUUUCAUUACAAAAACAAAAAUAGAAACCAUCAUACUUUGUGUGUAUAAAUUUAAAUUAUUCAAUUCCAAUUUACUCUUUCAAUGAAACAUAUCAAUCUCCUCACAUCUAUCAUACUUUGUUUCCUUUGCUCAUUCAUUUUACAAUGGAAUUUUGCUUAUUCUAACCUGGCGGCCGACAGGGCCGCCUUGAUUAAAUUUAGCUCUGCCGUACGAGGCAGCACAUUCCGUUGGAAUGUUACCAGCCCAUCCCCAUGUAAUUGGACCGGGGUGACGUGUGACAACGUCACAAACCGUGUCACUGAACUCCGGCUCCCUGGGGACGGACUAUCCGGAGAAAUCCCAUUAAACUCUAUAGGAAACUUAACCCAACUUCAAACGCUUAGCCUCAGGAAUAACCGACUCUCCGGAGCAAUCCCAUCAGACCUAGAGCAAUGUUCCGAUCUCCGGUAUCUUUUCUUAACUAACAAUCAAUUUUCUGGCGAAAUUCCGGCAAGUUUUUAUAGGUUGUCUAGUUUAAUCCGGUUAGAUAUAUCUAGCAAUAGUUUUUCCGGUGAAAUCAAUCCUAGUUUUAGUAAUCUAACACGUCUAACACAUCUUUAUCUAGAAGAAAAUCAAUUCACAGGACAAAUUCCUGAUAUAAGCAAUAAUUUAUUGGAAUUCAACGUUUCAAGAAACCGGUUAAACGGAAGCAUACCAGCCGGGUUUGAAAGAUUUCCGGUCAAUUCAUUCAACGACAACAAUUUAUGUGGACCCCCUUUAGCUUCUUGUCCAAAUGAAUCCGAAAGUAGUAAACUUUCUGGUGGGGCUAUAGCUGGAAUAGCAAUCGGGUCAGCUUUCGGGUCGGUUUUGAUCAUUGCAAUCAUAUUUUUUAUAUUAAGAAAGUGUAACAAAUCAAGAAACUCAAGACAGGCAGUUCAGGAUGUAGCAUCAACAAUACCGGCAUCACCCGAAAAGCCACCAGAAUAUAAUUUCAGGAGCCCGGAUCAUAUAAUGGCAAGUGAGAAUACCGGGUCAGAGGAUUCGGGUCGGGUCGAAAAUAAUAAUGAUGAGUUGACAUUUUUUGAAGAGGGUGGUUUCUUGUUGGACGACUUGUUAAGAGCUUCUGCUGAGGUGUUAGGGAAAGGGAUUGUUGGUACCACAUAUAAGGCAUAUUUGGACCAAGGUGGUGUUGUCAUUGUUAAGAGGCUAAAAAAUGUGUGUGUUACUAAAAAGGAUUUUACAAAGAGAAUUAUGGUACUUGGAGAUUUGUAUCAUGAGAAUUUGUUGCCUAUUAAAGGUUACUAUUUUGGGAAAGAAGAAAAGCUUCUUGUGUUUGAUUUCAUGCCCAUUGGAAGCUUGUCUUCAAUUUUACAUGGGAACAUGGAAGAAAAAUCUCAGUUGACAUUGGAGAUUAGAAGUAAAAUUGCUUUUGAAGUUGCUAGUGGACUUCAACACCUACAUUCUAAAAAUCUUUCUCAUGGCAACAUCAAAUCAAACAACAUUCUUCUUACACACGGGUUUCAAGCAUCCUUAUCAGAGGCCGGGUUGAUCCAACUUGUGUCAUCUUCGACUCCAAGUUUAUCUGGAUAUCGUGCACCUGAGUUGAUUGACACACGUGUAGCAUCUAAGGACGCAGAUGUGUAUAGCUUUGGGAUAUUGAUUCUUGAACUGCUAACGGGUAAGGAUCCUACUGCAUUGUUGAAUGAGGAAGGGACUGAUCUUCCUUCAUGGGUCCAGUCCGUGGACGAGUCUAGGUGGACCAACGAUGUAUUUGAUGUGAAUUUGGUAUAUAGCAAGGACAAUGUGGAGAUGGUCACCAGAUUAUUGCAUCUUGGCAUUCGCUGUGCGUCUCAAGUUCCACGUAGACGAGGUUCUAUAACGGAAUUGGUGAAACAAAUAAGGAAAAUAUGCAAGUUUUGAUUCUCUUGCACUUCUUCUAAUGUUUGUACAAGAUUUGCAAUUUUUUAGAUGUAUAUCUCUGUUGAAGAUUGGUAAAUUGGAUGAAAGAAAGAUGAUUUUUUUGUUGUUAAUGUAAAAAGAAAAAUUCAUGGAUCAAAAAUUUGCAUUUUAAUUGUACACUUUUUCCCUA